GGGUAGAUUUCCGUCGUCUCAACUUCCGGCCUUUUUCCUCACGCGCCUGAGCCGGGCCAAGCGAGUUGUACAAUGAGACCAAUUCUGCUCCAAGGACAUGAAAGGUCCAUCACUCAGAUCAAGUACAAUCGUGAUGGGGACCUACUCUUCACUGUUGCCAAAGAUCCGGUGGUUAAUGUCUGGUACUCUGUGAAUGGAGAGCGUCUGGGAACUUACAAUGGACACACAGGAGCAGUUUGGUGUGUGGAUGUGGACUGGGAAACUCGGCAUGUACUUUCUGGAUCUGCAGAUAACUCAUGCAGGCUGUGGGACUGUGAAACAGGAAAGCAGUUGGCUCUCUUGCAGACUAAUUCAGCUGUGAGGACCUGUGGCUUCGAUUUUGGUGGCAACAUAAUCAUGUUUUCCACGGACAAACAGAUGGGCUAUCAGUGCUUUGUGAGCUUUAUUGACUUGAGAGACCCUUCACAAAUUGAAGACAAUGAGCCAUACAUGAAAAUUCCUUGCAGUGAGUCCAAGAUAACCAGUGCAGUGUGGGGACCACUUGGAGAAAACAUAAUUGCUGGGCAUGAGAAUGGGGAGCUGAACCAUUACAGCGCCAAGUCUGGGGAAAUAGUUAACAGCAUCAAAGAGCAUUCCAAGCAGAUCAAUGACAUUCAGACCUCCCGAGACAUGACCAUGUUUGUUACAGCAUCCAAAGACUGCACCUCCAAGCUGUUUGACAGUACAUCACUUGAGCAUCAGAAAACUUUCCGGACAGAAAGACCUGUUAACUCUGCUGCCGUAUCGCCCAUAUAUGACCAUGUGGUUUUAGGAGGAGGGCAGGAAGCCAUGGAUGUGACAACAACAUCAACAAGAAUUGGAAAGUUUGAGGCCAGGUUCUUCCAUGUAGCUUUUGAGGAGGAGUUUGGGAGAGUUAAGGGUCAUUUUGGGCCUAUUAACAGUUUGGCAUUCCAUCCAGAUGGCAAGAGUUACAGCAGCGGAGGAGAGGAUGGAUACGUUAGAAUACAUUACUUUGACCCACAAUAUUUUGACUUUGAAUUUGAAUCCUGAGACAGUUGUUUCAUGCUGGUUUAUAUCCUACUUCAUAUGCACUCGCACACAAUUUGGAUUGCUAAAUUACAUCAUGAGAAUUAUAUACUUUUACAAUAAAUGUAUCCAUAUUUAUUGAAGCAAAAUGAGCAAACUGCCAAUAUUCUUUCCCCACCAAAAUGUUUCACAUACAUUUCUGGAUGGAAAGGAAACUAACACUAUCCAUUAAUGUUGAAGACCAUCGCACUGGGUGUGUUAUACAAGGACGUCUCCAUCAAUUCACAUGCAGCUUCUUAGAUUGGGAACAUAUUGCAUUGAGCCUUAAUGCAGGACAAAGCAACAGGCAUGGAUUUGUAUUUUAGGGAUUUAUGCUUUGAUGAUGAAUUUCAGGGGUAAUUCUAUAUUACCUCUGAAACAACAUGAUCGUAUGAUAAAUAAAACCGCCUUCAAUUUC